AUGGCUGUUCAACAUGGAAUCAAGAUUGAUAAUCAGGUUCAUGUUCAACCUACUGCUACUUCUUGUCCAGUUAAUAAAUGUUCAAAAUCCUCCAAGAAUUUCGAAGAUGCCGCUGUUCAAACUGAUUAUUCUAACAUUGACUAUGAGUUUAGUUUCGCCAAGUUUCCAAAAUGCCCACCUUGUAUUUGCCAUUAUGGUCAGGCUCCUGAAAAAUCAAUAACCGCGGAAUUCCCAACUAAGAUUUCUGAAAGACCUGGAACUAGAAACAGAAAAGUGGACGCUAUUGAAAAAGCGGAACCAGUUCUUGUUGGACAGACGAUUCUUGUUUGA